CCAAAUCAGUUUCAACUUAUCCGGAAGCACCAUUUUAGCCACUUUCAUAUAUCAUUUGUGGUUUCUAAUUCUGCCGCUUGAUGUCCAGUCAAGGAGAAUUCCGUGUGGCUAUUUAUGCCAGCGAAUACAAGCAAAUUUGCGCUUGGGUCUUAAAAGAGCGAAGUUUAGAAACCGGCGGAGAUCUGUUCGGGCUUUGGAACAAUGAUCACACUGCAGUGAUCCAGCUCGUUUUGGGGCCUGGCAAAGAUUGUCAAAGGACUUCGGGUUCGUUUUACCAAGAUGUGAAUUACUUGGAGAAGGUUGGCUGCCAUUUGACUAGCAAGGAAGGGCUCUGUCACAUUGGUGAGUGGCAUUCUCAUCACACAAUUGGUCUUAAACGACCAAGUGGCGGAGAUGAACGAACGGUUUGGACAAACAUGCCUAAAUAUGGGCUGAGUCGCUUUCUACUGUUCAUUGCAAACAUUGAAAACCGAGAUUUAUCCGCCAGCGCAGGAUGCUUCCUGUUCGAAUUCGAGAAGAAUACCAACAAGAGGAAGCCGGUUCGGAAGGGAAAAUUCGUUUUAUUGAAAAAUGAAAGCCCCUUCCGUUCAAGGUGUCAUGAUGUUUUCGCGGAAGAUGCAGAGUGUCUGAACCAGGAGGAAAAAGUGGGUUUACUGGAAUUAUCCAAGAAGGCUAUCUCCGUGCCCAAAGAGCGGCCUGUAGUUACACAAAGGCAGCCAUUUGAUGAAGAACGGGGCGGUGGCAAUGAAGAUGAUAAAGAAUUCACGGUGGCCAUUUACGUCAGCGAGUACAAGCAAAUUUGUGCUUGGGUUUUCAAAAAUCAAGAUCUUGAGACGGGUGGAGAUUUGUUCGGUCUGUGGUACGAUGAUUACACGGCAGUGGUCCAGUUCGUGUUGGGUCCCGGUAUAAAUUGUCAGAGAACUACCACCUCGUUCUUCCAAGACGUUGAGUACUUAGAGAAGGUUGGCUCUCAUUUGACUGGUAAGGAAGGACUUUGCCAUAUUGGCGAAUGGCAUUCCCAUCAUAAAAUCGGCCUCAAGCAACCGAGUAACGGAGAUAAACGAACAGUGUGGACAAACAUGCCUAAAUAUGGGUUGAGUCGCUUUUUGUUGUUCAUUGCCAAUUUUGAAACACACGAGAGUACAUAUGACUCGGUGAGUGUCGGCUGUUUUUUAUUCAAAGAGAGCAAAACCAGUCAUCGAAAGUUGUUUUCAGGAAGAUUUAAGCUCUUGCCAACAGAGAGCCCUUUCCGCUCUAAAUGUGUACGCAACCCAAGCUUAAUAGAAGGGGCAGAGGGUCUCAAUGAAAAUAAAGAAAUAAAUUCUCUGGACGAAGUUGUCACUGGUUCAAGUGAGAUGAAAGAAGAUGGCGAGCGACCCUUAAUGGUUCGUGACGAGUCAAAAGACCUGGCUGCCAAGCAGUAUCCAGCAGAAAGUCUUAAUGAAAGUAACGAAAUAAAUUCUCUAAACAAAGUUAUCACUGGCUCAAGUGAGAUGCAAGAAGAUGUCAAGCGACCCUUGAUGGUUCGUGAAGAGUCAAAAAACCCGGCCGCCAAGCACUGCACAGCAGAGGGUCUUAAUGAAAGUAACGAAAUAAAUUCUUCGGAAGAAGUUGUUAGUGGCUCCAGUGAGGAGCAAGAAGAUGUCAAGCAACCCUUGAUGGUUCGUGAAGAGUCAAAAAACCCGGCCGCCGAGCACUGCACAGUAGGAGGUCUCAAUGAAAGUAGCGAAAUAAAUUCUCCGGAAGAAGUUGUUAGCGGCUACAGGGAGGAGCGAGAUGUCAAGCAACCCUUGAUGGUUCGUGACGAGUCAAAAACCCCGGCCACCAAGUGCUGCAAAUGCUGCUCAGUAAUGUAGAUCAUAGGAAAGAAGUUGAUACGAUGUACUGAUACAGAUCGAGCUGAAUUUUUUCUUCAGUACAGAUAGAAAUUUUAAGUCAGUUUAUAAUAACCUGCUUAAUCGUAACUCCAAGGGAAAUUUAGUUAGUAUGAAUGGAAGCGAACAGCAUGUAGCUACGUUUUGGUUUGCUCUGUUCAUUGUGAUACUUAGUGCUUUUCUUAAUGUUCCAAAAGUUGAUUUGGCCAUUCACGCUUCCGGAUAAAAAGUUCCUGUUUGAAUAUUCAAACAGAUGAAAUCUGUGACCUGGCUCAGACUUCGGCCGGGAAUGUAUAUCGUCUAUUAUGGCCUGAUUCAAGUUUUCAAUCUCCCAAAUAAAAUUCAGUCGGUUCCAUGAUACUUAAAAUAA